UGCCGUGCGGCUUAGCCUCGCCGCUUGUCGUAGUUGACAAACGUUUUUAGCUAGUGGCGGCUAGUUUCUGGGACAGAGUGAGUGUUUUAUAAGUCCGCUCCGCUGUGUGACCGCUGCUGACCACCCGACACCACGGCGGCUCCGCGGAAGGUCGUCGUCCGGGUGUCAUGAACAACUAUGAGGUCAUCCGUCAGAUCGGAGAGGGUGCGUUUGGUAAAGCCUUCCUGGUCAGGGACAAGGGCGGAGGUGGAGACGGACAGUGUGUGGUCAAACAGGUCGACCUCAGAAAGAUGUCGGCGAAGGAGAAGGAAGCGUCGAAGAAGGAGGUGACGGUGCUGUCGAAGAUGAGACACCCGAACAUCGUCUCCUUCACCUCGUCAUUUCAAGAAGAGGGCAGCCUGUAUAUAGUGAUGGAGUACUGUGAUGGAGGAGAUCUGAUGAAGAAGAUCAAAAUGCAGAGAGGAAUCCCCUUCACUGAGCAGCAGAUCGUGGGCUGGUUCAUUCAGAUCUGUCUGGGCCUCAAACACAUCCACGACAAGAAGAUUCUCCACAGAGACAUCAAGGCUCAGAAUAUCUUCCUCACCGACGGAGGGAUGAAAGCAAAGCUGGGCGACUUUGGAAUCGCAAGAAUGUUGAAUAACACCAUGGAGCUGGCCAGGACCUGUGUCGGGACGCCGUACUACCUCUCCCCGGAGAUCUGCGAGAGUCGGCCGUACAACAACAAGACGGACAUCUGGUCUCUUGGCUGUGUCCUGUACGAGCUCUGCACCCUGAGGCAUCCAUUUGAGGGCAGCAGCCUGCGUCAGUUGGUCAGUAAGAUCUGCAGGGGGCGCUACAACCCGGUGUCCAGCCGCUUCUCCUACGACCUCCGACUCCUGGUCACACAACUCUUCAAGGUGAACCCCCGGGACCGUCCCUCCGUCAGCUCCGUCCUCCGCCGCCCCUUCCUGGAGAAGCACAUCAGCAGACACCUGGACCCUCAGGUGAUGCAGGAGGAGUUUCGCCACACGACGUUGGACAGAAAUAAAGCGGCAGCAUCACAAGUCAUCAGAACAAGAGCAGCGAAAUCCCCAGAGAAGAUCCAGAGGUCCAGGGGAGCGGCGAGGGCGAGGCCCCGGGCCCCCGUGAAGAACCCGCCCGCCAAGCCGGACUGGAGGGGCCCACUCAGAGUCCAAGCACCUGCCCACUACAAACCUCUUCAUCAAAGAGCAGGACGGCCGGCGGCCGACAGAGACAUUGCAGGGCGGCAGGACCACAAAUGCAGGUUUAACGACCAGCAGCCGGUCGGCCACUACCAGCACUACCACGCCCAGCUGGACGCCUUCCAGAGGAGGGACAGAGAGGAUGUCCCUCCUCCUCCACUUCUUCCGCUUCCUCUUCCUCCUCCUCCCCCUCAUGAGAGAGAACAGCGAUGUGAAGACCUCACUGUUCCUCCUUUGGAGCCGUACCAGCUUGUGGCGGCAGCUCGACAUGAAUACCUGCAGAGGAGACUGGAGGCCAACCAGUACAAACUGAGAGCAGAGAAGCAGCUGGGUCUGCGUCCGUGUACAGCUGAAGGCAACAGGAGGCCUGGAGGUCGAGCUGAGCACGAGCACUCACCUCAGGACCGGAGGCAGGACGGACAACAGGACUACCUGCGUCAGCUGGACGUCAUCAGAGAACAGUACCACCAGGACAUGAGACAGAUGAGGCAGAGAGCUGAAGCAGAGGCGCAGCUGCAACAGAAACAUGGAACAUUUGUGGUGGAGAAACCCAGAGACACAGAAUCUGGUGCAGACGGUGAAGAGGAGCAGCACAAAGCUGCACCUGCACAGGACAUGGAAGCCGCCCUUAGGCAGGUGCGAGAGGAGAGGAGAGCACCGGAGAGGAAACACAAGGACAAGAAGGGAAUCAUGUUCGAGAUCCGGUUAGAAGACGGCGAGACGAAGGACGAGGAAGUGACGGAGAAAGACGAGGAAGAGAUGGACUCAGACCCUCUGAACCGGACUCUGAGCUUCCAGGAGGGGGAGGAGCUGAAGCUCAGGGAUUGGUCGGAGGAGAGGAGGGUGUGGAGUCAGAGGAGUCCUCAGACUCUGCUGGACGCUUUAGCCAACAUGGACGUCAUCUCGGCGAACGAUGACACCGUGAUCGAGACUGAACAAGGUGAAGAGGCGCCGGGUCGCAGGCAGUGGGGCGACGGGCCCCCCGUCACCCUGCUGAACGCUCUCGCUCAGGCCGAACUCACGUCGUCAACUCUGGACGCAGAUCUAGAGGCAGAGGACGGAGCAGCAGCAGAGGAGGAGGAGCGGGAGGAAGAAAAAGAGGAGAGGAGGGAGGAGGAUGAAGAGGAAGAGGACUCUGAUGUGGAGAUGGAUGAAGAGCGACUGGAGCCGAGGUCAGACGACGACGACACGAACUUCGAGGAGUCGGAGGACGAGCUGAGAGAAGCGGUGGCGGACUCCAUGAAGAACCUGUUCGUCAUGGAGGAUGGGAGCUCGGACGAGGUGGAAGACACAGAGGAGAGGAGGGCAGAGGUGCAUGAUGGGAAGAAGGACGCUGAAGACAAAGAUGGCGCCGCACACCCUCAACAAGUCCGACCGGAGCUGGAGGAUUCACCCGAGCCCAGAGGACCUGACCACGGAAUGCAGGAAGUCAAACAACAUCUAAAUAAAUAAGAGAGAUUUCUCCGUCACCCAGCAACAAGUCUCAGAAUUCCUCGAUGAGGGAGAGAGAUUCCAUGGUUUCCAGACACAUUUCAGAGGUAAACAAUGUUAAACAAAAUAUUAGGCAUAGCAGAUUCUUUAUAUAUACUUUAAAACGUGACUGUCGGGGGUUCUUUAAGUAGGUGAUUAAAUUCUAUCAGUUUGGAGGUUGAUGUUGUUGCUCCUCCAUGUUUCUCUUUGAUCGUCUUGUUUCCAGUGAAAACACCUGAGGACUUUCACUCACAUGAGUUUGACACUCGAAGUUUUUGCUAAUUCAUCGCAGUGGGACAGUUUUCACUCUAGUUGUCCAGCAGAGACACGUCCUUACAAUGUCAACGUCCUUUUCCUGUUCAUUUUUCCUUGGGAAUGAGACGCCAUGACAGUGACGGGAAGCUCUGGUCUGUUCGUGAUCCUCGGAGGAGGAGCUGGUCGGUCAGCGGCCUCGUCUGCUUCAGCCCGUCAUCGCUCCAGUUCACAC